AUGGAAACAAACGUUUUUGGCGGACAUAAGCAGGACCAUCGAAGGUGCGGUGGUCCAAGAGGUCCUGAUGGGCCAACUGCUCCUUUGCCUCGCUUUCCAUUUAUGGCUGAUCGCCCAGGUGCUCUUUGUUCUCGCCAUCUUCGCCAAGAUCUCCUUGGUCUCCACGAAGUCCAGUUUUCCAUCUAUCCCAAGAAAUUCGGAUGGCCCAUUAUCGCCAUCAACUCUAUCUCUAUCAGGCCGCAGUCAUUGCGUCAACUUCGCAAACGGUUGUUUCUCAUAGAAAAACUUCGCGAUGCAAGCACUGUUGGCCUCGUCGUUGGAAGCGUUGGAGUGCGCGGACAUAUUGAAGCGGUUCAAAGAAUGCGAAAGUUAUGCAAAGCGGCUGGGAAACGUCUCUAUGUGAUCUCAGUGGGAAAAGUAAAUGUACCAAAACUCUCAAAUUUCGCGGAUAUCGAUGCGUUUGUACUGCUGUCUUGUCCAUUCGGAGUGAUCCUCGAUUCGUCGGACUUCUUUCGACCCGUUUUAUCAAUGUUCGAAGCCGAAAUGGCGUUGAAUUCGGCAAAAUCAUGGGAUGGUUAUCAUGAAUGGAGCGCUGACUUCACGACAUUUGCAAAUGACGAAAUCGGAUCAGUUACUGAUGAGUAUGUGGACGUCAGUCUCGUAACGGGAAAGAUACGAGCAGGACCUGUUGCCAACUCGAAACAAGGCACAAAUUGCGGCCAAAUGCUUCCCUAUGAGAAAGGUGAUUACCUUAAACACCGCACUUGGCGCGGUUUGGACGCUGAGGUGCGACUUGAUGAAUCUACAAAAGUGGAGCUUGGCCGAACGGGGACUGCAAUGGGUUACGACACGGAGCCGGCUGGAAGAGGAGACACGAGCAAUUAA